AUGAAGCUUUCACUCGGAACGCUGGCUUUGUUGCCAGCGCUCGUUGCCUCAUUGGCCUCCACCGAUUCAUUUCGUGAUGCUGACCUGCCGCAAUCCGGCUAUCUCCCCAACCAUAAACUCGACCCUAACAUUGCAGGAUCUUCGAGCUUCAGAAAUCUUUGGAGCUUUACUUCUCCUAACAGCCAAGAGUUAUGGUUGGCCAAGCCUCUUGUAUACACUCCCGAGGGUGGCUCUGAACUUGUCAUCACGGCUUCCGAGAUGAACAUCGUACGUGUCUUCGAUAGCAAGACGGGUGCCAUUCUGCAGCAAAGAACACUCCAACCCCCGUUCUCCGCGGGCGAUAGCGACUGCGGAGACAUUCCCAACUGGAUCGGCGUCACUGGUACUCCCAUCAUUGACCCCAACACGGAUAUCAUUUACAUCUUGUCCAAAGGCUACAGGGAUGGGACGACCUCCGGCACCGCCAACGGCGUUUACAAGAUGUACGCCCUCCGGAUUCCGUCUUUAGAAGAUGUCGAAGGUUUCCCCGUCUUGAUUGACGGUAUUAAUGCCGAUAAUGACCCCGCAAAAUACUUCGUCGGCGGCGUGGCCCUGCAGCGGCCUUCACUUGCCGAACUCAACGGACAUAUCAUCGCCGCCUUUGGCUCUCACUGUGGCCGCUGGAACUACACUGGCUUUCUUGUCUCUAUCAGCAAAACCCCUGGCGUUGGCCCUGUAAGUAUGUGGGCCACGGAAGCCGCUCCAGGUGCCCCUAAGCCGCAACCUCUGGAUCUGGCGACAGAGAGAGGUGGCAAGGCUGGUAUCUGGCAGAGUGGCAUGGGUCUGCCCAUUGUAGGUAACAACAUCUACUUCGUUACUGGAAAUGGCCAAGGACACGCAAACGGCAAUGUUCCCGCCAGCGGCAGGGUCCCGAUGUCGACGCUCGAUGAAUGUGUGGUUAGGAUGGAUCUAUCAGCAAACGGCAAGCUCAGUCUAGUCGAUUACUUUCAGCCAUACGACUAUAUCGCCCUAGACGCUGGCGACCGAGAUGUCGGUGCUUCCGGGCUUGCGGUCUUGGAUCCCACUGUUUUCAAAGGUGCAGGAGUGAACAGGAUGUGUGUCACAGCUGGCAAAAAGGGCAGGGUGUACGUGAUGAACGCCGAUAACUUGGGAGGCUUCCGACAGGCAACAGACGGCGGAGAUGGUAUCUUGCAGACCCUAGAGCUCGGCCUGUCUCUAUAUGGUGGAUUUGGGAGCUAUCCUGCUGAAGGUGGCUACAUUUAUGCUACACCUGUUGGAGGUUCUCUUGUGGCUUACAAGCUUGGCUUCGACGCAAAGGGUGUUCCUCAGUUCAUUCUCGCUGGCAAGUCCGAGUUCAUAUCUGCCGGUCGGGUGGGCGUUGGUCAAAUGUCUGUAACAUCAGACAACGGCAGACCUGGCACGGGCAUUGUUUGGGUUACUGAUGUAAACGUUGGCAUCCGGGCCUUCCGUGCUGUUCCUCAGGAUGGCGUCAUGGUCCCCAUUAGUUUGCCCCAGACUCAGGGUGCGAACAAGUUUCAACGCCCUGUCUUUGGCAACGGACGAGUAUUUUUCAACGUCAACAACAACAAGCUCGUUGCACUAGGGUCUCCAGUCAACGCUCCAGUCAAUUGUACCAGCCCGGUUGACUUUGGCUCUCUCGAAUCUGGCUCUACAGCAAGCGUCUCUAUCAACUGCAAGGCCAAUGUAGCUCUCAGCAAGGUCAACGGUUGCACGGUUGCGGAUCCGUCCUGGAAAUGCUCAAACUCGACGCUUCCCCAAGGUGCUGUGGCUGCAGGCACAUCAUUCUCCUUGAGCGUUACUUGGGACCUAUCUGACCCCUCCGUUCGGGUCGUUCCUGGCUUCCUCUCUAGCUCAUUGUCUCUUUUGGUCAGCGCACCUGCUGAAUAUGCUUCGAACGUCUUGGUCGCGCUAGAGGGAACUGUUGUCAAGCAAGGCCCCUUCUUGAGCGCUACUCCAUCCGACAUCGCUUUUGGUAGACUUGUUCUCCGCGACUCCCCUGACGGCCUCACCGGCUCCGCCCUUAUUCAGAAUGUGGGCAAUGGUACUUUGACCUUCACCGGUUUUGCCUGGCAAACAAACACCAGCGACUAUGCCAACUUCACGAGCGAUGGCGCGCUUGGCUCCGGCUUUUCAUCGACAAACUUCCCCACCGUUGGUUCUACUCUUGAAUCUGGCAAGAGUCUGACCGUCGCAUUGCGCUUCUUCCGCGAAACACCCGGAUCUUACGUGUCAAAGAUCACCAUCUGGUCCACGGGUGGAUCGGGAGUUCUCACUUUGAGCGCUUCCGUGAACGAACCGCCCGUCGUAACCUUUGAAUUAGCCGAUGGCUCAGGCGGUUGGAACCCAUUGUCAGAUUGGAAGGUGUCCUUCGGCAGCGUCCUCGCUGGCGCACUGGUUGACAAGCAGAUCCGAGUCUGCAACAAAGGUGGUGCUCCCCUAACGAUCACAAUCUCCAAGCCUCCUGCCACGCCCCAGUUGUUCGCCCUGAAUCCAAAUCACGAACUCACUGAAGGAACUCAGGUUGUUGGCGGUAGCUGUGCGAUUGGCAGUGUGGGGGUUCACGCUGCACCUGUCCAACCAAACAACCCCGCCCAACCCCUAAAAGCCCUGUGGACUCUUAGCACUGAUGGUCUCAAUGCCACCACGGGUGAAGCUUCCGGCUUGCACAACAUCGUGUUUGAAGGCACUGUUGUAAGCAAGCAGGUUGGGCCUCUUCUUGCCAAUGGAACCGCGCGUUACCAGUGGGUAGGGUGCUUUCAAGACACUACGAACCUGGGCCGCAAUCUGCAGGCUUCGGUUAAUAACGGCGAGCUGCAGAAGACAAACACCCUGCAGCAAUGUCAGGGUCUUUGCCUCGCCAGGGGCUACAUACUUUCUGGUGUUCAGUAUCAUCAGGAGUGUUGGUGUGGCGGAUUCAUCAAGAACCCGUCGACGUAUAGGGAUGAAUACCUCAACUUGUGCACUUUUGACUGCACAGGUGAUGAUACACAAGCUUGUGGUGGUGACGGUGGGCAUAUGAGUCUGUACGCCGACAUCACCGCGUUCAACAUUGCUGGAUUUUACGAGUCGCUCAAGAACCCAAGCUCAAGUUCCUCCCGGCCAGCGUCAACGAGCUCAACCAGCAGGGCAGCAUCCUCAAGCAGCAUUCGCUCCUCUGUCACAUCCUCCUCCGCUGUCAGCAGCUCUCGUGUCUCUUCCAGCACCAGCAUCCGUAGCUCUACGUCGUCAACUUCGACCACUUCACCUGUGGCUUCCUCGUCGGACGCAUCCAGCAGUGCUGUUUUAACCACCACCACCACGGUGGUUUCGGCAUCGUCCACAUCAAGUAGUGCUUCGCCUUCAUCGACAGUCAUCACUUCGCCCCUCAACCCUAGUAUGCCUGCUAUCAUUGGUGGUCAGUGGCAAUAUGCUGGUUGCUUCAAGGACCUUGUCGACAACGAGAGACUCUUUACCGGAGCUUCUUCUGCCUCGGACGACAUGAGCCUCGACAAGUGUGCAGCGUUCUGUAGCACCGGCGCCCCCGGCGGCGGCUCUUUUAAUUACUUUGGUGUCGAAUAUGGCCGUGAGUGCUACUGUGGCUGGGACGCCAAGGCAUCCAGAAUGAGGGCCGCCGAGGCGGAGUGUUCCUCUCCAUGUGCUGGUUCGCCUAUUGGGCUUUGCGGUGCUGGGUUUAGACUUUCUGUCUACAAUAACACCACACCCAACCAAGCACCAACAGUACCUGAGCAACCCCAACGUGCAGGCGACUAUGAUUUGCUCGGCUGUCAAACUGAGGGUAUAAACGGACGAGCCUUGACCGGCGCUUUUACUGCCUCUGAUGACAUGACGACCGAAGUUUGUGCUGCAUUCUGUAAGCAGGGCAAUUGGCAAUUCAUGGGAGUCGAGUACUCUCGCGAAUGUUUCUGCGGCAGCUCGACCAACUCCGGAUCAGUACCAGCUCCUCUACAGGAGUGCAACAUGAAGUGUCAGGGCAACCAGUCCGAGUUCUGUGGUGGAAACAACCGUCUUGGGCUCUAUCAACUUUUGCCUCUUGGUGGAGCUUCGUCUUCUGUAGUCAUCAGCUCUAUACUCUCGUCGUCAUCGCCGUCGUCAUCUCCUAGCGCAAGCCCGACGGUGAUUUCCUCCGCUCUUUCAUCCUCCAGCGCGGUCUCAUCAACCUCCACCACCAGCAGGUCUAGCUCAUCGAGCAGUGUGGCUGUGUCGACCUCUUCAGCACCAUCUACCUCCCUUGUGCCAUCCAUCCCGGCCUCAACCACCGACAGCUCGCUUUCGACAGUUCAGAGCACGGCCUCGAGCGCCUUGGCUACAGCCACCAACGGUUACUACUAUGUCGGCUGUUACCAGGACAGACCCGCCGGACACGCUCUUCCUCUGCUGUUCGCCAACAGAAGCGUCACCCCUGAGCUCUGCAUUGACUACGCAAACUCCAUGUACAGCAAGGCGCCGACUCCUACAACGAAACUGCCUUAUCUCUUCCUGGAAUACCACCAUGAGUGCUACGGCGGCUCCAGUUUCGACUUCCAGGGCGGAGCAGUCACUUCCCUUAUUGGAACUAAGGCCUGCAACAACUAUUGUUACGGCAGUGUCAGCACGUUCACAACCGACGGCACAGUCACGACGACUACCAACACAGCCAACUUCUGUGGUGGACCGAAAAUGUUUGACCUGUACGCCUUAUCAACGCCAGUCGACUUCCCGACGACCGGGGGUCCUGUUGUCACGCAGACCGCGUUAUAG